AGUGAGUCCGCAUUUUUAACAUUUCUUUUUAGAUGCCAGAGAUGAGUGUAAAAAGGUUUCGGAGGAAGCAAUUCUGAAACAGAGAAAAGCUGUUAGGUAACUUCAGGGCUCAGCUGACAAGUGUUUCAGUGCUGUUGUUUUGGUGGAGGAGGAAAGACAUCUCUCCUCAUUUCUAGUCAAGAGCUUUGGGACAAACAUUACAUUUUAAGGUGUAAAAGGAAAAAAAAAAGUUCUGUGAUCUGGAUGGAAGAAAUGUACGCGGCUUCUGUUCAGUCUUCAUCUUGGCUCUUUGGGAAGGGUUGUUCUCUCUCCGAAGCACAUAAGCCAGAUAGGGAGUGGACAAGAUUCACUCCUCAGAGACAGUAAAGAAGACUCCUCUGUCCAGACUCCUGUGCUGCCUACAUUGGUCCAACAUAAAACCCGUGUGAACUGGUCUGGCUCUGGAAUUCCCCACAGCCUCUACCUGACUGUACAGGCCUUGCAGGACCAGUUGGGCAAGGGCAAGAGUCAGGUGGAGAACAAGGAGAAGCGUCGUCAACCGCAGUCUCAGCGUAUGACUCAGAAGCUGGGCAUAGAGACGAGGCUGAGGUCUGCUCACAACUGGGACGCUGGAGUGCAGGGCCAGGAAGCCUGCAUCAUGAACGUUGAGAAAACAGGUGGAAGGUUCUUUAGUGGGAAAUGCUCCAGCUUGACAGGAGCACAUCAGUUUCCUAUGAUCCAGAAGAUGGUGGAGUCCAUGGCCCAGCUACAGGAGGAGAAGCUCCAGCUGCAGGAAGAGCUGUUGGCACUGCAGGAGAAACUUUCUGCCCGGGAGAAUGAAGAAGUAGCUGUGUCUGUCCAGCUGCAGGAUCAGGUUGAAAAUCUGAAGGGGAAACUCCUGGACCAAGCUCAGGAAGUGAACAGACUCCGCUCUGAGUUGGGUGGCACUGAUCUGGAAAAGCAUCGGGAUCUGCUGGUUGCCGAGAACGAGCGUCUAAAACAAGAAAUGAAGGCGUGUGAGGCAGAGCUGCAGAAGCUGAAGAAGCAGCACGGGAAAUGCAUCGACUGCGAACAUAUCCAGGAGAACGCCAGGCUGCAAGGAAGAGUAACCCAGCUGCAGCUGGAAGUGGAGGAGGCCAAAGGGAGGCUGUCCGAGCUAGACAUGGAAGUGCAGCAGAAGACCCAUCGCCUGGCGGAGGUAGAGCUGCGCUUGAAGGACUCUCUCGCAGAGAAGGCUGAGGAGGAGGAGCGGCUCAGCAGGCGGCUGCGUGACAGUCAGGAGACAAUAGCCAGCCUGAAAGCCCAGCCCCAGCAGAUUAAGUAUAUCAUCAAAACGGUAGAAGUGGAGUCGUCCAAGACAAAGCAGGCUCUCCAGGAGACCCAGUCACGGAAUCAGUACUUGCAGGAGCAAGUGGGGAUGCAGAGGCAGGUGCUAAAGGAGAUGGAGCAGCAGCUUCAGAAGUCUCAGAAGACUGCGGCCCAGCUCCAAGCCCAGAUUAAGAUGUAUGAGUCUGAGCUGGAGCAGGCUCACGGACAGAUGCUGGAGGAGAUGCAGAACAUGGAAGAUGACAAGAACCGGGCCAUUGAAGAGGCAUUUGCACGAGCCCAAGUAGAAAUGAAAGCUGUGCAUGAGAACCUGGCAGGGGUCCGGACAAAUCUUCUCACGCUCCAGCCAGCUCUCCGAACCCUCACCAAUGAUUACAACAGCCUGAAACGGCAGGUCCGAGACUUCCCCCUGCUGCUCCAGGAAGCUCUGCGGAAUGCCAAGGCAGAAAUUGGGCACGCCAUUGAAGAGGUGAACAGCACCAAUCAGGAGCUACUCAGAAAAUACCGCAAGGAGCUGCAGCUUCGCAAAAAAUGUCACAACGAAUUGGUGCGGCUGAAAGGAAAUAUCCGUGUGUUUGGCCGAGUCCGGCCAAUAACAAAAGAGGACGGAGAAGGGCCUGAAGCAGCCAACUCCGUGACCUUUGACCCGGAGGAUGAUGCUAUCUUGCAUCUCAUGCACAAAGGGAAACUGGUGUCAUUUGAACUGGACAAGGUUUUCUCCCCAGAGGCAACCCAGCAAGACGUGUUCCAGGAAGUGCAGGCUCUGAUCACAUCCUGUAUUGAUGGCUACAACGUCUGCAUUUUUGCCUAUGGCCAGACAGGUGCAGGCAAGACAUACACUAUGGAGGGAACUCCUGAAAACCCAGGGAUCAACCAGCGAGCUCUCCAGCUGCUCUUCUCCGAGGCGCAAAGGAAGGCGGCUGACUGGGACUACACUAUCACUGUCAGCGUGGCAGAGAUUUACAACGAGGCACUCAGGGACUUGCUUGGGAAGGAGCCGCAGGAGAAGCUGGACAUCAAACUGUGCCCAGAUGGCAGCGGGCAGCUGUAUGUCCCCGGCCUGACUGAGUUCCAGGUGCACAGUGUGGAGGAUGUGAACAAGGUAUUUGAAUUUGGGCACCUGAACCGAGUGACCGAAUACACCAGCCUCAACGAGCACAGCUCACGGUCUCACGCGCUCCUCAUCGUCACCGUACGAGGACUGGACUACAGCACAGGACUGAGGACCACAGGGAAGCUGAACUUGGUGGAUUUGGCUGGCUCUGAACGAGUAGGCAAGUCUGGGGCAGAGGGCAGCAGGCUCCGGGAGGCCCAGCACAUCAACAAGUCGCUGUCAGCGCUGGGAGACGUGAUUUACGCUCUGCGCGCCCGCCAGGGCCACGUGCCGUUCCGCAACUCCAAACUGACCUACCUGCUCCAGGACUCUCUCAGCAGAGAUAGCAAAACCCUCAUGAUGGUGCAGGUCUCCCCCGCUGAGAAGAACACAAGUGAGACUCUCUGUUCCCUAAAGUUUGCUGAGAGGGUUCGCUCGGUGGAACUGGGCCCUGGCUCCCGGAGAUCAGAUCUGGUGUCCUGGUCUAGUCAGGAGCACUUAGAGAACGAUUCACCAACGGCAGCACAGCCGGCCAUUCGAACAUAUUCUGCUCCUACCUCUGGAACGCCCACGAGGCGAGCGAGUUCGUUCCGGAGGAAGCUCCAGACCUCAGGAAAGCUGAGGCCAGUCCCUGUGUGAUGGACACACCGAGCAGGGAAACAGAAUCUGCUCCAGAGCCAGGGAGCUGACGGGGAGAACUCCCGGCUGGCAAGAGCUGUGAAAACUGAAGGCUACUCUCCUCCCCACCCCUCCCAGGGCCGUGCCUGUCCCACGCUCAGAAGCGAGCAGGACGCUGUGGGACCCAAGAGCCAAAGGGGGGACUGGUUCUCUCCCGGCUCCCAUGAAGUGCCAGACGCUCUUGGAAGCACGGACCCAGGUUGCUUCACUGACGAUGGGAAACCCGAUUGCCAGGUGCCAGCUCCCCCUCCCCCACAUUCUGCACCAAGAUUCCUGCCGAACUAGGCGGCUUUGUCAGCACAAGCUUGGCAGCGGGACACCUUCCUCCCUGGGCACUUGCACAUUUUUCUCUUCCGUGGAUUUGAAGGGAGAGGAGAGCGACCGGGGGCUGCUCCCUCAUCACUGCCGCGCUUUGAACGACAAGCGUCGUUACCGAGCCGUGGGUGUAAAACCUACCCACCCGCCCGGUGCGUCUGCGCGUGGCCAGGCCUGAGCGUGGCUCCCAGGAUGCUGCCGGCUGAGGGCUGUGAAUGGGAAGAUCGCUGGCGUACAGGCCUCUGGCUUCAUUUCCUCAUGGAUGAUUGGGGUGAAGCUUGUGUGGGAGGCAGCUGGUUGAGGACAACCUGACUGGAAAUAAUUUUCUGCAUCUGGCCUCCUCGUUGGCCCUGGUUCAAAUUUCAUGCGCCAUUCAUGCUAUUCCAGGCUGCUGCUGCCUGGCGCACGGCCCGAAGGGUGAAUUUCAGAGGUUAGGGCGUGGGCCUCUCAUUCUUGGAUUUAAAACAGUAUUUGCAGAGGGGCCAUAAUGUGCUUUGCUAAAGCUCACAAUCCAUUCCCUUUGACGUGGUCUUCCACUCCCUGCCACAUCUGCAACCCGUCUUCUUCGCCCACUGUCCCUGAAAACACAGGCAGCUCCUUCUGAACACCCCGUGCACUGCCUCCGGCUGUCUUCCCCCACCCGUCAGCGUGGAGAUUGGAGAAGGCAACAAAGCAAAGCAUGUUUGCCAGUCAUUAGGGUACAGGUUGAGCUGUUAGUCCAUGAGCGAAGCUUUUCCAAAGAGCAGGCACUCUGCCAUGCUGAGGCCUGCAACCUUUGCUUAUAAAAGCAGCAACCAGCCCCCCCUAAAACCAGGUGAACUGUCUGCCUUAAACCAAGGACCUCCUCAAAGCCAGCCAGCGCUCCUAGGAGCCAGCUCUUCAAGUGGCUUUCCUACCUUUGUGCAUCUGGCAGGCGAGGGGUAGAAAGGACCCCAUCAGAGCACAGAAAAGCAACUACUGCCGUUAAACUGGUGUUUUCCUUGUGGCUGGGACCCAGGCUGCUAGCUAUCUAGCGGCCGUAACAGGGUACAAGGAACUGUAAAACUGGAAUGGCCAGGUGGCAAUGGACUAGUGGAGCCGAUGUGCUUGCCAAACACCAAUGGGUCUAGAAAACCUUUCCCCCCUCCCUUUCCAGGAUCUGGCUGCCCCUCCUGCGGCAGAAAAGUAUUACCCCAACUUCUCCCCUGUGGGAGCAGGGCAGCUGCUAUUUAUUUUGAUUGCUUGUGUUGUUCAGCAAAGAUGGAGUCCUGCUCCCAUUCACCCCAGGUGUGCUGCAAUCCUGGAGAAGGCCCUCUCUCACCAUCCCUCUAUUUUCCACCCCCAAGUUGCAAUCAGUACUUGACAUUGAGCCGUGCAAAAGCACCGGUUACUGUGCCAGUGUAGUAAGGCUGCUGCUGCUCCUGUCGAGUGGUGAUCAAAUGUUCAAACGUUUCACCGGAAGCUAAGUGUAAAGCUAUUUAAAAACCUUUUAUCUUUCUAACCAGAUCAGUGUGUUCGUUCAUGGAAGUGUCUGAAAUGCUUAUUGUCUCUUAACAGUAUCUGAUGGAAAAGAAACAAGCAAAACACUUUGGUUGGUAUCGUGAAGUACGGCUGUUGUCUGACGUGGGGGAGGAGGGGUGCAUGGAGUUCAAGAGUGUUCUUUAGAGCAGCUGUCCACAUCCACCCAACGGGGUGGGGCCUGCAUUUGUCAAUCUUCCUUGUAUUAUAAAUAUGGGAUUGAUCUUCUGCACUGAGUUCUCCUUUCCACCACGGCUCGUUCAACACUUGUUCUUGCGCUGUGGAGUCUAUGUAAAAAAAUCUAGUCUUAUAAGAUUAGAUGUUUUUAUGUAUUUUAAUAAAAAGAUUCUGUUUUGUAACAAAACUUAUUUUAAAUAAAUUGGUUAAGGCAA